UUGUUUUGCGUGUUAUGAAACAUUUCGCGAAGACGACGGGAUUCUAUUUUGUGUCAGCUCAUUCUCCAGCCCGGAACCAUGUCCAUCAGCUUCAGUGGAACGUUCAGCCGGUCCGGAGGAAUAGUUUCCGCCAUAGGCAAGCAGCUGAAACUGGUUAACUUGAAGGCCGUGCAGCGAGUAACGGUCACAUUCGAUCCGUUCCAGGAAAAUGCAAUCCCCACCCGGGAAUUCCUGCAUCACUUGUCGUCCCCAAGGAUCGUUCAAACAAAUCCAUCCUGUUUGCUAAAGACGGAAGUAGUCUGCGAUAGACGUCCACCUUCGAUAGUAUUCCAGUUAAUUCCCUCGGUCCAGAAGGAGGCUAACUUGAAAAAGAUCGAAUUCAACAGUGCCAAUCUAUCGACGCUGGAACUUUUGGAGCUGGCCAAUAAGCACGUCACCAGCUUGGCUCCGAAAGAUAUUGUCACGACCACUGUCAAGACCAAAUCUGAGAAAAAGGCUAGUGGCACCAGAAAACGAUAGAACUUUAAACUUACUUGUUAUAGAAUUUCCUUAAACUUAGAUUGUAAGGUGAGCUUGAAAAUCUAAAAAACACUUAAAAUGAGCAACAUGAAUAAAAAGCUGAAGGGAGGGCACAUGGCCAUCAUCGAAAACUGGUACCACCAGAUACCGGCGUUCACCGACGUUUUUACCGAGGA